CCAAACUCAGCAACAUCUCACUAGAGUUGCAUUUAUCUAUACCACUCAUUAAUUUACACCCAACAAAACACACACAAACACACACAUAUUCAUCCAAAACACACACACAAAGUUAGAGGAAGGGAGAAAAUGGAAAUGAGUUCUGUAUUAGAGGCGGCGUUCCAACAAAACACGCCCAUGACAGCACUACUGCUCUUGUUAAUCAUCCCUUCCCUGUUCUUGUUCCUCGUAUCAAGACUCCGCCGUAAACUGCCGCACCCACCGGGCCCAAAUGGCCUGCCCUUGAUCGGAAACAUGAUGAUGAUGGACCAGCUAACCCACCGUGGCCUUGCCAAUCUGGCUAAGAAAUACGGCGGCCUUUUCCGCCUCAGGAUGGGCUUCCUCAACAUGGUGGCCAUCUCAUCCCCCGACGUGGCCCGUCAAGUACUCCAGGUCCAUGACAACAUCUUCUCCAACAGGCCAGCCACCAUAGCCAUCAGCUACCUCACCUACGACCGGGCCGACAUGGCGUUUGCCCACUACGGCCCAUUCUGGCGCCAGAUGCGCAAAAUCUGCGUCAUCAAGCUGUUCAGCCGCAAGCGAGCCGAGUCGUGGGAGUCCGUCAGAGACGAGGUCGACUACAUAGUUCGAGACGUGGCGUCAAGCACCGGCUCAGCCGUCAACGUGGGCGAGCUCGUUUUUGCACUGACUCGGAAUAUAACAUACCGAGCCGCGUUCGGGUCGAGCUCGCGCGAGGGACAGGACGAUUUCAUUAAGAUACUGCAGGAGUUUUCCAAACUGUUCGGUGCAUUUAAUAUAGCAGAUUUCAUUCCGUGGCUGAGUUGGGUUGACCCGCAGGGACUCGGGGAUAGACUCGCCAAGGCUCGGGCUUCACUUGAUGGGUUCAUCGACUCCAUCAUCGACGAUCACAUGCAUAAGGGUAAAACCAAGAGUGGAAAAACUGGAGGGUGUGAUGAUCAGGAGGAGGCAACAACUGAUAUGGUGGAUGAUUUACUUGCUUUUUUGAGUGACGAAGCUAAAGUCACGGAAUCGGAUGAUUUACAGAACGCAAUCAGACUCACCCGAGAUAAUAUCAAAGCCAUCAUCAUGGACGUAAUGUUUGGAGGAACAGAAACAGUAGCUUCGGCGAUAGAGUGGGCCAUGGCGGAGCUAAUGAAAAGCCCAGAAGAUCUCAAGAGAGUCCAACAAGAGCUAGCCGACGUAGUGGGUCUGGACCGUCGCGUCGAAGAGUCCGACUUCGAGAAGCUAACUUACCUCAAGUGCGCCCUCAAGGAGACCCUCCGUCUCCACCCUCCCAUCCCCUUACUCCUCCACGAAACCGCCGCCGAUGCUGAGGUCUCCGGCUACUUCAUCCCAGCCAAAUCCCGGGUCAUGAUCAACGCAUGGGCCAUCGGACGCGACCCCAACGCAUGGUCCGAUCCGGACACGUUCAAGCCUUCGCGUUUUUUGAACGAGAACAUGCCGGACUUCAAGGGGAGCAACUUCGAGUUCAUACCGUUUGGGUCGGGUAGGAGGUCGUGCCCGGGCAUGCAACUCGGACUGUAUUCUCUUGAGAUGGCAGUGGCUCACCUCCUUCAUUGCUUCAAGUGGGAGUUGCCUGACGGCAUGAAGCCCAGUGAAAUGGACAUGGGCGACGUGUUUGGACUUACCGCUCCGAGAGCAACCCGACUCAUUGCGGUGCCCAAUCCACGGCUGCUGUGCCCAUUGAAUUGACCCGGGAAAGAUUUGACCCGAGCAAGAAUUACACACUACAUUGAAUUGCCAAAGCAUGCAUCGGUUGACAAGCCGAAGAAACAAGAAAAAUAAGUGUCAAGGGAUAGAUAGAUGGAAGAGAAAAGGUUUGUCAAAGGGGUUUGAAUUCUCUCUCUCUCUCGCGCGCGCUCUGUUUCUGUGGAUAGUAACAGAAUUCCUCUGUUUCACUUGGGUUUGUGUGGACGUUUGAUCUGUAAUAUUGUUCUCUUUCUUUUUUCUGCUUUUUGUCUAUUUAUGUGUAGUGAACAAAUAAUUAAUAAAGGCUGUAACGGAAACUAUACACAUUUCGAUGAAGGCAACAAAAAUAUGUUUUGCAUUA